AUGAAAUGGCCUGGAUUGGCAGGAUGUAGUGUUGAGUGGUGGAAUUUUUAUGAUGAAACAGAGUAUGCUUUCAAGGCUGUUAAGGCUGCUGGAAUAACCUCAAUCGGUGUCCGAGGAAAGGAUUCCAUUUGUGUUGUUACUCAGAAGAAGGUCCCGGAUAAGCUUUUGGACCAGACAAGUGUUACACACCUGUUUCCUAUCACAAAGUAUCUUGGUUUGUUGGCGACUGGCAUGACAGCUGAUGCUAGGACACUGGUCCAACAAGCAAGAAAUGAAGCAGCUGAGUUUCGCUUUACGUAUGGAUAUGAGAUGCCUGUUGAUGUAUUGGCUAAAUGGAUUGCAGACAAAUCACAAGUCUAUACCCAACAUGCUUAUAUGAGACCACUUGGAGUAGUUGCUAUGGUUUUGGGUAUUGAUGAUGAAUAUGGACCACAGCUUUACAAGUGCGAUCCAGCUGGUCAUUACUUUGGUCACAAGGCCACAAGUGCCGGAUUAAAGGACCAAGAGGCAAUUAAUUUCUUGGAAAAGAAGAUGAAGAAUGACCCUUCAUUUACUUAUGAGGAGACAGUUCAGACUGCCAUUUCUGCUCUGCAAUCAGUUCUCCAAGAGGAUUUUAAGGCCACUGAGAUUGAGGUUGGAGUGGUGCGGAAGGAUAGUCCAGAAUUCAGAGUUCUAACAACUGAAGAAAUUGAUGAGCACUUGACUGCAAUAAGUGAACGUGACUGA